AUGGUGUCCAACAAUAAUAUACCAUCACCUUCUAACAAAUCCUCCCCCGGCAGUGAAGAAUCCGAAAUAUCUACGCCACAAAGUAGUAAUUCUGAGACUCGUAAUAAUAAUGUAGUACCCACAGCACCCAUACCACCACGAAAAAACUCAACAACAUUAAAUAAAUUUCCACCAGGAAAAGAUCUUGGCCAAAACCACAAUUCCGAUCAAACACCAUCUCGUUUUUUAGCAGGAUGCUCUAAAUUAGAUUUGGAGCCUAAUCCAUUCGAACAAAGUUUCUCUCACGUCACACCAUCUCAAGAGAAUGGAACACAUAGUCCGAAACCUAGUCUGCCACCUGUUGCAGCGAUCACAAGCCCAUCUGCGGGUAUACAACCUAAUGAAUGCCAAUAUGGAUGGAAUUUGCAAUCGUUACGAAGUGGACCAUUGUCACCUUCUAUGUUAGAAGGACCUCAAAAUCCUGUUACUUAUGAUGAUCUUACGCAAAAUGGACGAACUGGCACAACACCAUACGGCACUUUUACGGAACCAUCAAAUAUGACACUUUAUGGCUCUACUGUCAGUGGAAAUAUUGCAUCAUCCAUUGUUAAUCCAGCUGGAAUGCCAAUUCUAAAUAUGAAUACGCUAGAUCCUUAUGGUCGUAAU